GAUUCGGCCAGGUGGAGUUUAUGGAUACAGCAAAGGAACACAGUCCUACAUUUCUCCUGUAUUCUUUUUACCCGGUUUCUUUUGGUUUUUCUCGUGGUUUGGUGAUUUAAAAUCGAGUUUGUAUUUCAACGCAGUGUAGAUGAAAAAGUUCAAUAGGAAAAGAAACCACAAAGUGUAAUAAAUGGGAAGCGGCACCUGCUGUGAACAGUCGAGCUUCAGCGGGGACUCUAACAUUAGUGCCGACCUGAAUAUCUGACUCUGGAUCAGUAUAUCUCUUAUCUGCGGGUUCAAAAGUACCAAUUCGGGACUUUUAAGACAACAGGAACGUGUGUGAACGUGUGUGACAGGGACUAUUGAUUAGACAUGUCGGAUAUGGAUUAUACACCUUAAUGGAAACAUUUCCUUUUUCAACGCGGAAGGAUAAAUAAAUAAACUCCAGUGUUGAUGUUGUAACAGAAACAGAAACAUGUCCGUGAACGAACUCUACAGCAGGUACACUCGGGUUUGGAUCCCUGACCCAGAGGAGGUGUGGAAGCCUGCUGAGAUUAUUAAAGACUACAAAGAGGGAGAUCCUGUCCUGCACCUCAAACUCGAAGAUGAAUCGACACUGCCAUAUUCAGUCGGCCCUAAAGACAACCCACUCCCAUUCCUACGAAACCCUGACAUUCUGGUGGGAGAGAACGACCUCACGGCCCUCAGCUACCUGCACGAACCUGCAGUGCUGCACAACCUCAAGGUUCGCUUCCUGGAGUCCAACCACAUCUAUACCUACUGUGGUAUUGUACUGGUGGCCAUUAAUCCAUAUGAGCAGCUGCCAAUCUAUGGCGAGGAAGUCAUCAAUGCCUACAGCGGGCAAAACAUGGGUGACAUGGACCCUCAUAUAUUUGCUGUGGCAGAGGAGGCUUAUAAACAAAUGGCCAGAGAUGAGAAGAACCAGUCGAUCAUCGUGAGUGGAGAAUCAGGAGCUGGAAAGACCGUCUCUGCCAAAUACGCCAUGCGCUUCUUCGCCACUGUCGGAGGAUCCGCCAACGACACGAACGUAGAGGAGAAAGUGCUGGCGUCCAGCCCCAUCAUGGAGGCUAUCGGAAACGCAAAGACCACACGCAACGACAACAGCAGCCGCUUCGGGAAAUACAUCCAGAUCGGCUUUGACAGGAGGUAUCACAUCAUCGGUGCCAACAUGCGCACCUAUUUGUUGGAGAAAUCCAGAGUGGUGUUUCAGGCUGAGGAUGAGAGAAACUACCACAUCUUCUACCAGCUGUGUGCCUCUGCCUCGCUGCCUGAGUUCAAAGAGCUGACCCUGACCACUGCAGAACAAUUCAAUUACACCUCAUUCGGUCAGAACAUCUUCAUUCCAGGGGUCAAUGAUGCUGUGGACUUAAAGAAGACUCGGGAAGCCCUGACCAUGCUGGGUGUGAGUGAGAACCAUCAGAUGAGCAUCUUCAAGAUAAUUGCCUCCAUCUUGCACCUUGGCAAUGUGGACAUUGUUUCUGAGAGGGAUGGAGAGUCGUGCCAUAUCAAUAGAAACGACUCUCACCUCGUUCAUUUCUGCGAGCUGCUAGGGAUCGAGCGGGACCAGAUGGAGAACUGGCUGUGCCGCCGAAAGUUAGCAACGGCAACUGAGACCUACGUGAAGAACAUGUCCUGUGCCCAGGCUUCUAACGGCCGUGACGCACUGGCCAAGCACAUCUACGCUCAUCUGUUCGACUGGAUCGUGGAGCACAUCAACAAAGCCCUACACACAACCUCCAAACAGCACUCCUUUAUCGGGGUGUUGGAUAUCUACGGAUUCGAAACGUUUGAGACUAACAGCUUCGAGCAAUUCUGCAUCAACUACGCCAACGAAAAACUUCAGCAACAGUUCAACUCUCAUGUUUUUAAACUGGAGCAAGAAGAGUACAUGAAGGAGCAAAUCCCCUGGACGCUCAUCGACUUUUACGACAAUCAGCCUUGCAUUGACUUAAUCGAGGCCAAGCUCGGUAUCCUGGACCUGCUGGAUGAAGAAUGCAAGGUACCGAAAGGAACAGAUCAGAACUGGGCACAAAAGCUCUACAGCCGCCACACGAGCAGCGAGCACUUUGAGAAACCGAGAAUGUCCAACACGUCGUUCAUUGUGGUGCACUUCGCGGAUAAGGUUGAGUACGAGUGUGAUGGCUUCCUGGAAAAGAACAGAGACACCGUGUAUGAAGAACAGAUCAAUAUUCUGAAAGCCAGCAAGUUCCAGCUGGUCGCAGAUCUCUUUCAAGAUGAAAAAGGAGUUGCUGUUUCCUCAGCCAAAACCUCCAAGAUCAACGUACGUCCUGCUAAACCCAUGCCCAAAAGCCACAACCGCGAGCACCGCAAGACUGUAGGCACCCAGUUUCGGAGUUCAUUACAUCUUUUGAUGGAGACUCUGAAUGCUACAACUCCACACUACGUCCGCUGCAUAAAACCCAAUGACCUCAAAGAAGCUUUUGUGUUUGACUCCAAUAGAGCCGUCCAGCAGCUUCGAGCAUGUGGUGUUCUGGAGACCAUCCGCAUCAGCGCUGCGGGAUAUCCAUCCAGGUGGACGUACCCAGAUUUCUUUAACAGGUACCGGGUGCUGACGAAGAAGAAGGAUGUUACUGCUGAUAAGAAGCUGGUGUGCAAAAACCUGCUGGAGACUUUGAUCAAGGAUCCAGAUAAGUUUCAGUUCGGAAAGACUAAGAUCUUCUUCCGAGCCGGUCAGGUGGCGUACCUGGAGAAGCUCCGAGCCGACAAGUUCCGCUUCGCCUGCAUUAAGAUGCAGAAGACGGUGCGAGGAUGGCUGCAGAGGAGACGCUACCAGAAGAUCCGCAAGUCGGCCAUCUUGCUGCAGAGAUACGGCCGCGGCUUCCUGGCACGCAGGUAUGCAGAGCAGUUGCGUCUCACGCGAGCAGCUCUAAUCUGUCAGAAGCAGUACAGGAUGGUGAGAGUCCGGCGUGCGUAUCUCGUCAUUCGCAAGGCAGCGAUCACCAUCCAGGCCUUCACACGGGGCAUGUUCACACGCCGCCUGUACCACGAGUACCUACUGCACCACAAGGCCAUUGUCAUUCAGAGAAUUGUACGUGGAUGGCUGCAGAGGAAGCAGUUUGUCCGUGCCCGAAACGCUGUGGUGGUGCUACAGUGCGCUUACAGAUGCAUACUCGCCAAGCGACAGUUGAAACAGCUGAAGAUCGAAGCUCGCUCAGCCGAACACUUCAAGAAUCUCAACGUCGGCAUGGAGAAUAAGAUCGUCCAGCUUCGGAGAAAGAUGGACGACCAGAAACUGGAGUAUAAGGUGCAGCGUGAUAAGCUGGCCGUGGAAAACACCACCUUGGUCACGGAGGUCAGCAAGCUACAGAAGGAGCUGGAGACGGCACGUACUCGUAAAGGCGACACCACACAUCUGAGCUCUCUGCAGGAUGAGUUGGAGAAACUGAGGGCAGAGCUACAGGAAGCACACACCCAGAGGAAGAAGCUCGAGGAGGAGCACAGCACUGAGAAGCUGGGACUGGAACAGAGAGUCCAGGAGCUGGAGAAAGAGAAUUCUCUGUUGAAGGAGGAAAAGGAAGAGAUGAACCAAAAGAUCCUUCGCCAAUCGCAGAGCUCCGGAGGUAAAGGUGGCAGUUUGUCUCAGAAAGAGGCUAAUCUACAGACUGAGCUGGAUGAUGAGAGACAGCGCUAUCAGAACCUGCUGAAGGAGUUUUCUAGGCUGGAGCAGAGAUAUGAAAACCUACAGGAGGAGGCCACUUAUGCCAAAUUUGUUCCAGGCCAUCGGAGGAGCCCAUCCAUCCAAAGUAGCUUGGGCUCUGACUCAACGUUCCCAUCCAUCUCUAUGUCUGAGGUGGGAGACACUGAGGACACGAUUCAGCAGGUGGAGGACAUGGGACUGGAGAAGGCAGCUAACGACAUCAGUGUAUUCAUGAAACUGCAGAAAAGAGUGCGUGAGCUGGAGCAGGAGAGGAAGAGACUACAGACCAACCUGGAGAAGAUGGAUGAACUCAACAAGCAAAAGGCGAUCGAUUCGAAGAACUCGACGUCAGAGGCUGACACAAAUGCAGAUCUGGCAUACAACAGUCUCAAGAGGCAGGAACUGGAGUCUGAGAACAAGAAGCUGAAGAACGACUUGAAUGAACUAAGGAAGGCUCUGGCAGAUCGAGGGUCUGAUGACAGCUCGUCCAACGAAACGCAGAACAGUUACAAUGUUCUGCUCAAUCAACUCAAAGCAGCCAACGAGGAGCUGGACAUACGCAAAGAGGAGGUCCUUAUGCUAAAAACGCAGAUCGUCAGCACCGCACAGCCGUCUGAAAACAGCAAUCACAUUAACUCCAACAACAUCACUGAAUGGGACAACAACAAAAAGCCUGUGGACAAGGAGGAGGUGUUACAGGCCUACCAGGGUCUCAGUGAGUCGAAAAGGCUGCUGGAAGGACAGCUCCAAUCCCAGAACCGAAAACACCAGGAUGAGCUGGAAGCUCUGCACACACAGAUCGAGGUGAUGAAGGUGGAUCUGGAGAAGAAGCAGGAGAUGCUUAAUCAUUUCAGCUCCCUGCCCCCUGAUGCCCUGGUGGAGUUCAGCGUCCAGCAGGAGAUCACACGCCUCACCAACGAGAACCUGGACCUCAAGGAGAUCAUGGAAAAGUUGGAGAAAAAUGAGAAGAAACUUAAAAAGCAGCUCAAGAUCUAUAUCAAGAAAGUUCAGGAGCUUGAAGCAUCUCAGGCAGCAGUGAACCGGCCCAGGCUGGUCAGGCAGGCCACGGUUCAGAGGAAGGAGAAGGACUUUGAGGGCAUGCUGGAGUACCACAAAGAGGACGAGGCUCUGCUGAUCAGGAUGCUUAUCACUGAAAUGAAGCCCCAGAUGGUUUCUGCUACAGUACCUUGCCUCCCAGCGUACAUCCUCUUCAUGUGCAUCCGUCAUGCAGACUACAUCAACGAUGACCAAAAAGUGCACUCUCUUCUCACCUCCACCAUUAAUGCCAUAAAGAAACUUCUCAAGAAAAACAGUGAAGACUUCGAGAUGACGUCUUUCUGGCUGGCGAACACAAGUCGACUGCUGCACUGCCUGAAACAAUACAGCGGAGAGGAGACCUUCAUGACCCAGAAUUCACCUAAACAGAACGAACACUGUCUGAAAAACUUUGACUUGGCUGAGUACCGGCAGGUUUUGAGUGACCUGGGCAUCCAGAUCUACCAGCAGCUAAUUAGAAUUGCAGAGAACAUGAUGCAGCCCAUGAUCGUGUCGGCCAUGUUAGAGAGUGGCAGUCUGACUGGAGUGAAGCCUCUGGGUUACAGGAACCGCUCAUCCAGUGUAGACUGUGACAGUGGUGGACCAUCAGGUUACACACUGGAUGCUCUGAUCAAGCAGCUCAGUCAGUUUCACACACAGAUGAGCGAACAUGGGCUGGAUCCAGAGAUCAGCCAGCAGGUUGUGCGCCAGCUCUUUUACAGCAUCAAUGCCGUUUCACUCAACAACCUGCUGCUGCGCAAAGACGUGUGCUCCUGGAGCACCGGCAUGCAGCUCAGGUACAACAUUACUCAGAUGGAGGAGUGGUUGAGGGGACGAAAUCUUCACCUGAAGCAUAUUAUGUCAACCAUUGAGCCCCUCAUCCAGGCUGCUCAGCUGCUACAGGUGAAGAAGAAGACAAUUCAGGAUGCCGAGGCCAUCUGCUCCAUGUGUAACAUUCUUAGCACACAACAGAUUGUGAAGAUCCUGAACCUGUACACUCCACUGAACGAGUUUGAGGAGCGGGUCACUGUGUCCUUUAUAAGAGACAUACAGAAUCUUCUACAAGGCCGUACAGAGAAUGCCCAGCUCCUGGUGGACACAAAGCACACGUUCCCCGUGCUUUUCCCUUACACGCCUUCAGCUUUGAGCCUAGAGACCAUGCACAUCCCUGCCUCACUCAACCUGGACUUCCUCGGCAGAGUCUGACGUCUCUCUGCUUCUUCUGUUUGUCUCUCCCUGAGCUCCACUGAGUCAGCCUGAGAGCAGGGAGGAGGGCAAACCCCAUGCAGCAGAGCCUCAGCAACCAGCAAACAAACACCCUGACCAACACCAUGACAAAGCUAGAGAGAGUCAUUCUGAUAGAAGAAUUACAGUGUUGAGAGGUGUUCAGAGAAAGUGUGGAAAUGCCAGUACUUUUCUAUGAACGUAUUUUCCUCUGGUUACUGUUUGGGCUAAAACAGGCAGGGUAGAAUGUGUGUAAGAGCUGAACUCUGAACUCUGGAGAUCAUGAGAUAUUAAGUAAGCUUUAGUGCAGAUUUUUGUCUGUACAGUUUAAAGGUUUGGUCUAGUUUUCCCUCACUUUCAUUUCUCAAGUCCUAGCUCUAAAUUUGGUCUAUACUUUUUCUGAAUUUUUCCUAGCUGCCAGGUAAAUCCACCGCACUGCAGACGCCGUCAUUCAAAUGAGUCCUUUUCUUUAUGAGAUCCAAGACAGCCCGAAUCUAGCACAGCUCUUCUAAUACACACUGAGAUAAGCCUGAGAGCAGGAGUUGUAUGGUGGUGCAGAGAAGAGGUCUAGGAGACAGGACAGGACAGGUACAAACAGAUAUAAACUAUUACACAAAAGAUGAGAGGUAAAUGGGAAUUUUCUCUGUGUUGAUGAAAGAUCUUUGCAAGUGAAAUGCAGGGAUAAAGAAUUCAACACCGAAUUCUAGAAACAAGCAGGUUUAGUUAGAACAUAGGUUUACGCAUUUUGCCUUUCUUUCAUUUUUUUUAUUUAUUAUUUUUUUUCUUGUUUCUUUUAUUUUGUCAUAUCGAUAAUCAGUUUUGGGAAAGCUGCACACUUGCUGUACACACAUUCCACUAUACUGCGUAACACAGAGACUUCAGAAUAUCUUUGUUGCUGCUGAGGUAGACAGCAUCUUUUGUAGUAAAUAAUAUGUCUGCAUGGGGUUAAAGACUGCAGCACGUGUGUUCAAACCUCUUCAUUUUCAGAGUUAGACAAAAAAAUGUAUAUCCUUGCCAACAGGGUAAGUAAUAUCUAUAGUGUGCUGCUCAAUCUUGUGUAUUGGUUGCCCAGAAAUCUAAUUCACAUCUAAAGAAGUAGUUACAGCAUCGAAGUGUGAAUCUGUCCAUCAGACAACAGUGAAGUCAGACAUAUAUUAUAUAUACAUUAUAAUUGGUAUAUAUACUAUAUAAUUAGAUCAUUAUGAAAUACUUCAAAAAGUAAUGGAAUAGAAUGAAAAUAUUGUAAACCAUGCUAAAACAUUAUUCUAAAGGGAAUAGCGAAUCUUUUCUGAUACAGCUGCAACACUUUUUCUUUUUACUGUAUAUUUUUGCAAAAAUAUUUGAGCUCUUUUUUUUUUCUUUCUUUUUUUUAAUUAUUAUUAUAAAUUUUUUUAACGUAUAUCUGUGCCAUAAAAUCAGAUAUAGUAUAAAUAGCACAAAUCUGUCCAGGUCAUGGUUUAUUCUGUCUGCCUCUUAAGUUUUAAAUAGCAUGAACAGGUGCUGUGGUCUCACUUAUGCCACUUUCUACCCUUUUUACAGUCAAUAAAAAUAAGAACAUUGUGGAUGUCAGUGUUGUGCUCACAUAUUAUUCAGGUGUAAAUAUAUAAUGGGUAUAUUUACAUUGUGAAUGUUUUUAUUAUUAUUAUUAUUAUUAUUAUUAUUAUUAUUAUUCACAGGUGAAACGGUUUUACAGCAAUCUUCAUCCCUGUGUGCUUAUUACUUUAUACAAUUUUAAUUUGAAGGUUUUGAAGGUCAAGUUCACGUCUCUGUUUACCUUCAUAUUAACAUCAGCAUGUAUUUCAUUCAAAAUCUCAUCAAGUGCCAUAGGAUUUUUUUUUUCUGUAUGUUUGUCCUCAGGCAUGUUUUCACCACAUUUAUGGAAAACACCUUUGUACUGGAUGUCCUACUGGUUUCCAUCUUUUCCUGAGGAUGUGUAUCGUUCUGAUGUGUUGCUCUGUACCCUGAAUGACUAACACUAACCCUGUCCACACAAACCUUCCCUCUGAUUGUGUAUCUCUUUACAUAGUCUGAGAAACAUGUGUGUAUAUAUUUUAAGGAAUAUAUUUUCUCGGGUGUUAUUUUUCCAGACCUCUUGACCACUUGUCAUGAAAUGUAACAAUAGUGAUGUCUGAACAAAUGCUGUAUGAAGCUGUUCAUACUAAAGUGUCUAAAAUAGAAA